CAUGGCCGCGUCGCUGCCACUGCCGCGCCGCCCGCUAGCCGCCUGAGGCGCGGCCGGUCACCGGGCGGGGGCCAUGGCCAGCGCCGCUGAGCCCCCCGGCAAGGCGGCCGAGUACCUGCAGGAGCUGACCAGGAUCGUCGCGGCGCAGCAGGAGCUGCUGGCGCGCCGGCGGCGGCGCAUCGAGGAGCUGGAGCGCCAAGUGGCGCGGCUGAGCCGCGAGAACGCCGGCCUGCUGGAGCGGCACCGCCGGCACCUGGCCGCGUGCGCCCGCCGCUCCGACCCCGGCUCCGGCUCCGGCUCCUGCUCGCAGCCGCUCGGCGCCAUUCCCGAGCUCAGCGGCCGCCACGACAAGUGUGAAGGAGAAGGCUCACGAAGCAUCAGGAGCUCCCUAGAGACCGGAAGCAGCCUCUCCACAGAGUGUUACAGUGUCGAGGGCGAGGCCCCCAGCAGCGAGACUGGCACAUCCCUGGACAGCCCCUCGGCCUACCACCAGGGCCCUCUAGUGCCCGGCUCCAGCCUGAGCCCAGAUCACUACGAACACACAUCUGUGGGAGCCUAUGGGCUGUACUCGGGGCCGCCGGGGCAGCAGCAGCGCACAAGGAGGCCCAAGCUGCAGCACUCGACCUCCAUCCUGCGGAAGCAGGCCGAGGAGGAGGCCAUCAAGCGCUCACGGUCACUCUCUGAGAGCUAUGAACUCUCCUCAGACUUGCAGGAUAAGCAGGUGGAGAUGCUAGAACGCAAGUAUGGGGGGCGCCUCGUGACCCGCCAUGCGGCCCGCACCAUCCAGACGGCGUUCCGCCAGUACCAGAUGAACAAGAACUUUGAGCGGCUGCGCAGCUCCAUGUCCGAGAACCGCAUGUCGCGCCGGAUCGUGCUGUCCAACAUGAGGAUGCAGUUCUCCUUCGAGGGGCCUGAGAAAGUGCACAGUUCCUACUUCGAGGGCAAGCAGGUCUCGGUGACCAACGAUGGCACCCAGCUGGCAGCCCUGGUGCCCCCUGAGUGUGGCGACCUUGGUGAGUCGUCUGCACUCAAGUCCCCAGCCCCUUCCAGUGACUUUGCAGAUGCCAUCACAGAGCUGGAGGACGCCUUUUCCCGGCAGGUGAAGUCCCUGGCCGAGUCCAUUGAUGACGCCCUCAACUGCCGCAGCCUACACACUGAGGAGGCGCCCGUGCCUGAUGUGGCGCGGGCCCGGGACAGUGAGCCUAAGCCGGCCCUGCACAGCAUGGACCACCACAAACUGGAUGAGAUGACAGCUUCCUACAGUGAUGUGACCUUGUACAUCGAUGAGGAGGAGCUGUCACCACCUCUGCCCAUCUCACAGGUCGGGGACCGACCGUCUAGCACUGAGUCUGACCUGCGGCUGCGGGCUGGGGGUGUGGCCCAGGACUACUGGGCCCUGGCCCAUAAGGAUGACAAGGUGGACACAGACACAAGCUGCCGGAGCACGCCCUCAUUGGAGCGGCAGGAGCAGCGGCUGCGGGUAGAACACCUGCCUUUGCUCACCAUUGAGCCACCCAGUGACAGCUCUGUGGACCUCAGUGACCGCUCAGAACGCGGCUCGCUCAAGAGGCAGAGCGUCUAUGAACGCAGCCUCGUUGGACAGCAAGGCAGCCCCAAGCACGGCCCCCACGGUGGUCCUCCUAAAGUCCUUCCACGGGAGGAGCCCGAUCUGCGGCCCCGGCCCCCCAGACCCCUAGACAGCCACCUAGCCAUUAAUGGUUCUGCCAACCGGCAGAGCAAGUCUGAGUCAGACUAUUCAGACGGGGACAAUGACAGCAUCAACAGCACAUCCAAUUCCAAUGACACCAUCAACUGCAGCUCUGAGUCCUCCUCUCGGGACAGCCUGCGGGAGCAGACCCUCAGCAAGCAGACAUACCACAAGGAGACCCGCAACAGCUGGGACUCGCCUGCCUUCAGUAACGAUGUCAUCCGCAAGAGGCACUACCGCAUCGGCCUGAACCUCUUUAACAAGAAGCCUGAGAAGGGAGUCCAGUACCUCAUCGAGCGUGGCUUCGUACCUGACACGCCAGUGGGAGUGGCCCAUUUCCUGCUGCAGCGCAAGGGCCUCAGCCGGCAGAUGAUCGGCGAGUUCCUGGGCAACCGGCAGAAGCAGUUCAACCGCGAUGUGCUUGACUGUGUGGUGGACGAAAUGGACUUCUCUGCCAUGGAGCUGGAUGAGGCCCUCCGGAAGUUCCAGGCGCACAUCCGUGUCCAGGGGGAGGCUCAGAAAGUGGAGCGGCUCAUUGAGGCCUUCAGCCAGCGGUACUGCAUUUGCAACCCUGGUGUGGUGAGGCAGUUCCGGAACCCAGACACCAUUUUCAUCUUGGCCUUCGCCAUCAUCCUGCUCAACACAGACAUGUACAGCCCCAACGUCAAGCCGGAGCGGAAGAUGAAGCUGGAGGACUUCGUCAAGAACCUCCGAGGCGUGGACGAUGGUGAGGACAUUCCCCGGGAGAUGCUGAUUGGAAUCUACGAACGGAUCCGCAAGCGGGAACUGAAGACCAAUGAGGACCACGUGUCCCAGGUGCAGAAGGUGGAGAAGCUCAUUGUGGGGAAGAAGCCGAUUGGAUCCCUGCAUCAUGGGCUAGGUUGUGUGCUUUCUCUGCCCCACCGUCGACUGGUCUGCUACUGCCGGCUCUUCGAGGUCCCGGAUCCAAAUAAGCCACAGAAACUUGGGCUGCACCAGCGAGAGAUCUUCCUGUUUAAUGACCUCUUGGUGGUCACCAAGAUCUUCCAGAAGAAGAAGAACUCGGUGACGUACAGCUUCCGGCAGUCCUUCUCCCUGUAUGGCAUGCAGGUUCUGCUCUUCGAAAACCAGUACUACCCCAAUGGCAUCCGGCUCACGUCGGCUGUCCCUGGAGCCGACAUCAAAGUGUUGAUAAACUUCAACGCUCCCAAUCCUCAAGACAGGAAGAAAUUUACCGAUGACCUGCGGGAGUCCAUUGCAGAAGUACAGGAGAUGGAGAAGCACAGGAUAGAGUCGGAGCUUGAGAAGCAGAAGGGCGUCGUACGGCCCAGCAUAUCCCAGUGCUCCAGCCUCAAAAAGGAGUCCGGCAACGGGACACUGAGCCGGGCCUGCCUGGAUGACAGCUACGCAAGUGGGGAAGGCCUCAAACGCAGCGCCCUCAGCAGCUCUCUGAGGGACCUCUCCGAAGCGGGGAAGCGAGGGCGUCGCAGCAGUGCGGGAUCGCUAGAGAGCAAUGUGGAAGGCUCCAUCAUUAGCAGUCCUCACAUGCGCCGGAGAGCUACAUCAACACGAGAGUGUCCAUCUCGCCCACACCAGCCUAUGCCUCAUUCAUCCUCCCUCCUGGGCUCCUUAUUUGGGAGUAAGAGAGGGAAGCCCCCUCCCCAGGCCCACCCACCUUCAGCCCCACCCCCGCCGCCCCCCCACCCGCCAAUCCUGCCCCACCCUCCGCACUCUUCGGCUGGCCAUCACCCAGGGCCCACAGAGGGCCCACCUCAGGCCCAGGUGCAUGGGCAUCAUACCCAGUACUGCCACAUGCAGCAGAAUCCACCUCCCUACCACCACCACCACCACUACCACCCUCCCCAGCACAUCCAACACACCCACCAGUACCAUCAUGGCCCCCAUAGCGGAUAUCCACCCUACGGGGCUCAUGCUCAUAGCCACCCACCGCUGCCCUCAGCCCAUGUGGGGCACACUGGCCACCACCACGGGCAGCCCCCUGCCCCACCACCCCCCACCAGCAGCAAGGCCAAACCCAGCGGCAUCAGCACAAUUGUGUAGAUAGCCUGGGCAGGGGACCCAGACUCCCCCAAACAGCCGCACACUAUACAGGGGCAUGUCUGGAGGUUGUGAGCCUCAGAACAAACACAGGGCACUUUUGUUUCCAUCUCUUCCCUCUGCCCCUGCCAGCUGGAAUGGGACCCUGGGGUCCCCCAGGGCUCCUGUUUCAUGGAAUAGAGAUCCUGACUUAAUUUAGCAUCGGCACCCUGGGGUCCGUUCACCUCAGUGUGAGGGUACACCUGAGACAUAGCCGUCAGCCUUGAAACGGUGCCACCAGCCAAAUAGGUGUUGACCUGGCUCCCAGCCCACCCAGCUCAGCUCUCUGUCCUGCCCCCCCCAAUUGUACACAUAUAUGAAAACCCAACCUAGGAAAAGAAGAAACAAGAUUAAAAAAAAACCAAAAACAACAAAAAAACAAAAUCCCCAAAACUUGCUGCAUUGAUGCUCUUUUAUUGACAAUGGGCAAAACAUUAAGUAGACCUGAUAUGGUUGAUGCGACUACGUAAGUGAACUUUAUAUAAUAUAAAUAUAUAAAUACAUAUAAAUAUAUAUAAAUAUAUAAAUAUAUAUAGACACACACUGUAUAGGUAGUGUUUGUGUGUGAAAGGCAAGCGUUUCAGUCCACAAAGUUAGCAAUAGAGACCUCACCAGGAACUCCACUUACCUGAUAGAAAGACAGUACCUUAGGUGAAUGUGUGAGAGUAGACCAAAAACUUAAAUGCUAGGAACAAAUUCAGAUACUUCCAUAUUUUCAUACAGAGAAGAGAAGUCCCUCUAGGACUGGCUGAAAUCUUUACACAAUCAUUAUUACUAACUGUGCCAAGUAACAUAGCAUCUAACUGUUUAAAAAGUCUGAUAUUGCUUUGUAUAAAUCCUUAUUUUAUUAACAGAAUACUAUCAUAAGUAGUCAGUAUUAUAACUGCUCUGUUAUUUCAGGUAAGCAAGUAGAUAAAAUGCAGUUAACUCUACAGUAGCAACUCAGGACAACUAGUUAAGAGCCGGUUGUCUUAGGAUAUUGGUUCCGCAGACUCUUAGACACUUUAAUGGCUGCAAUAACUGUGAAUUUCCAUGAUCCAUAUUUCCUUUAUAUGCAUAUGAUUUAAUGCACACUCAUUCAGAGUCCUCUGAGAGGGGCACCCAUACACACCAGAAGGAUUCAUCUCCCACAUGAAAGUGACCAACCCUCAUCCUCGUCCCCCCAGCACCAUAACUUACUCAUGCCACCUCCAAGCACAGCAGGCACAAGCCCUGGAGAGUGCUUCCACCAGGAUCCACUCUGGAACCUGAAGGCUGAUGCUAGUGUGUAGCAGCCCAGGGUGGUGUGUGUGUUCCCCAUGUUGUUUUCUGAGUGGUAGCCGUGAUCAUUGUAAUUCCAUGUAGCCAUGUGCUAGCAGAACCCUCGUUGUCAUCACCGUGGCCACCCACGUGACCCCGGCCGCCAAGAGCCCGGCCCUUGCCAGGCGAAGCCCCCGCUGCCUGCUCAUGGUCCGGUGAGCUGCCAGGGCAUCACAUGACUCUCAGCUGUGCUCUUGUCGCUUCUGUGUUGUGGUGACACCGUGCGCUCCCCUGGGGCCAGAUGCUGCACAUGUUCGGGUCUGUGCCUGAGUCACCCAUGGGCCAUGCUUUAUAGUUUCAGCCUUUUGAGCCUCUGCAGCCACCAGUGCUGUGCUCCUAAGCGUGGGACCUGAGGACUGCCCCACGGCCCCUGCACGGGUGGAGAGCCCUUUCAGAAAGGGUGAAGCUACCGCCUGAUCCCGUGGGGCCCCAGGGCUCCAUGUUCAGUGGACAGCAAGAAGGGAGAGAGGAGAGUCUGCCCUGGCUCUGUCACCCUGGCUGGCCCACUGGGGUCUUCAGUGAGCCCCCUCGUCGCAUCCAACAACCCCCCACCAUCACAUCCUUGCCAUCACUGGACCAGCAAAAUCUGCAACUUGAGCACUUCGUCCAUCUCUACAGAAAGCGAGUGUGGCAACCUGGAGUUCUGCCUCUUCAACAACAAGUCUGACUUGAACUUGCCCUCCUGUCCUCCCGUCUGUGUGAUGUUUCUUGGCAUCUGUUCAGAAGCAGGAAGGACAAGCACUGCUGUGUGUGAGUCGAUCCAGGCGGGCUGGGUUCAUUGACUCCAUUCUCUGGUUCAGUUCUUAAAGGUCAGACUCCCCUGGCACUGUGUGUCUUGCGGGGUAAAGGGCCUUCUGGCAAGCAAGAGUUGAAUCAUGCUGCAUGCCAUCUGCAUUGGUUACAUGAAGUGGCCCUCUGCGUAUUGUUGAUUUGCAAAAGAUAACAGCAUCACUGCAGGCAGACCGCUGAAGGAGAGCAGUGCCCUACUUGAACAUGUCCACUUUUCCUCACCCUCUUCUGUGACAAGGGUCAAGUCUAACUGCAAACUCAAGGUUGUUCCAGAAAAGAGGGGCUGCUGGGUAACAUCCAUAAGGGCGUCGCCAAGGAAAGCAAAACAAUACCAAGAACAACCUGUAGUUCUCGGGAGGGACUCUCUCCAGGGAUGCCGUUCAGGACUCCCAGCCCUGACCCUGUCCUGCAUAUGUCCUUAGCCUGUGCUGGAGGCAUCAGGGUCCACCGAGUGACAGGGCUGUCUCCACACAUGGAGCUCUUGCCAGGUUUCUAACUUGAUGUGCUGGAGUCCAGUGGUUGACACUUCCUGGUUCCUGGGGGUUGCUUUACAGACUGAAUCAGGGCAAGUGUUUCCCGGGGUGGGGGAGCAUUGUCGAUUGCACGAGUCAGGAAUCACACUGCCCAGAUCUUGCUUGGGAAGCACAAGCUUCUAACAGGCUCGUGACCCCAUGCUGUGUUCAUGGGGCUGUGUCUGUAGAUGCCCACCUGUCACUGAGCCAUAGCUUCAGCGCCCGGGAGGGGAGGCAGAGGAGGUGGGGUAUCCCAGGUGUCUUGUGUCAGCCUUCCUCACUGUCAGGACACCUGGGGAUCUCCCUCAGGUCACACAAGCUACCCCCGUUACCUGGAGAGCUGCUGACAGGAAUGGAGGCCCUUUGGGGAGGCAGCUGGUAAUAUCACACAAAUCUUCCUGGGACAACAAGGAAAUCAUGUAUUUGUAUUUUUUUAAGUGUAUGAAUGAAUUGUACUUUAAUGUCAAAAUAAAGUUCAUCCUAAUAUGAUAUGCACACCGUGCUUUAAAAUGUCUUCAGUCAUCCAGUGGAGAGUGAGGUUUCCAUCACACUGCAUGCAGCAGAGGCCUCUUACUUUUUCUUGAAAAUAAGCUGAAAAGAUGCCCCCUAGGUGUUACCUCGGCCUUCCACAGGGGGCUCUGUCCACAUAGCUACGCAUGCAUCUUAAUGAAUUCCUAGUGAAACGUCAUUGCCCUGCCUGCCUGGAAAAUGAGUGAUUCUGUGAGUAUGAUCAGUAACAGCAACAAGAAUCAUGGCAACAUGACAAAGCUGGUCUAAGUGAGGUGGGAUGGUGACUUGGGGCAGGUGUAUGGGGUUGGGAGGAGGUGGGUUUUCUCUAGCUGGACAUAGCAAGCACAGUUCUGUAACUUCUACCCACUGUCCCACUGACCUUGUGCCAGUGUGUGUCUCCUUUUGGGAACUGCCAAUCACCUCCCAGGUGCUUUAGACAAUUAGAAUCAGAUAUGGAACAUGAUUGUCCAAAGACUCGGACCCCUCACUCACCAGAAGCCCACAGCCACUGUGUAAGUGUGGGGAGGCAAGGAGGGCUUUUGUUUUUCUCUGCGUUCUGUUUGUGAGUAAUGAGACUCUACUGUUGUAAAACCAUGACUGUGAUCAUGUGGAGCAAUCAAAUAAACCCUUUGAAACUCUCA